GCAGUGGCUCCUGCGUUUAUCCAUUAUCAUCCUCUUCUUCGACACCGGCAUCGUUGACACCAUCGGUUCCAACGCCGACAACGACAGCUCCGAUCAAUGUCCCGCCAACUACAGUUACAAACCCAACAACGUCUUCACCUGCAGGGACCGGCAUGCCAGAAAAUGGAACUCCUCCGACAGUCUUUAACACAGGCAACCCAGCUUCGAGUAUGGGCAGCACAACAGGCUUUGGAACGGAGAUCCCACCAAGCUCAAGCACCUCGAUAUCCAUGGCGGCUGGAUUGAGAGUGAGACCCUUUACUUGCUGCAUCACUCUGACCAUGUCCUUGAUCACACGAAGAAUAAUUCUGGACUGGUAAAAUCACAGAUUUCUUCUCCCUGUACUGUACAUGAAAGGCCCACGUAACUCAUAGCACCCAGUUCCGCCGUGAGUGCAAUUUUUGGAGGAGAAAAGGAACCAGAGGUGAGUUUGAGGGAUAAACAAGAAGGUUAAAGAAAGCACUGCCACUGCCCGCAUGAGCUUUUGUUUGAUGUAAAGAUUAAAAGAUAUGUUAGCGAUAGAUGGGGGUGUACUUACUUUCUACUUGGAACUCUGUGACAGUGUAAAAUAUAUAUAUUUUUAUUAGAUGUUGGGAUUUGUAUUGAUGUUUAUUUGCUUAAUGGACGGUCAUAGUGCAUUAGAAUUAGAAUUUUGGUAAGAAGAAACAGAGAGACAUGGCUGGACUGGAAAUAUUUGUUCAAGUCUCGAGUGUUUUGUAGUACUUAAUGAUUGAUUUAUUGUUUGUUUACUUAUGA